GUCAGAAACAAAUCAAGAGAUUAGUGGAUACUUGCACAUAAUGCUGAACAAAGGAAAAAACUCACAACAGAUCAGAGUUUUGUGUGUGGUGGUUUUACCCAACAAGAUGGAGAUCCACAUUACUGUUGGGUUAAAGUGUAGGGGACGCGAAGUAAUCAGUCAUCUGUCACAGAUACUUGGAAUAAAUGAUCUGCAUCUUUUUGGCUUGAGUUUUCAAAAAGAUAAGGACCAGCUGUUCCUUGACCUGGAUAAAAAACUAACUGCAUACUUCCCUAAAACCUGCAAGCAGACAACAUUGCCGGACAGGAUUGUUCUUUAUCUAAGAAUUCAGUACUACAUAAGAAAUAUUCAUCAAAUUGUAGAUGAAAACGUUUGCAGUCUGUACUGUGCUGAUCUGAAAAACAAAGUUUUGAGCUCUCAGUGUUACGAGCAGGAAGGUCUAUACUUUCAGCUGGCUGCAUACGCCUUACAGGCAGACUUGGGCGACUGGAAAGAGGGAGUGGGACCAUACUUUUCUCCCCAGGACUAUUUUCCUACUUGGAUUUUGAUAAGGCGUGGAUGUGACUAUGUGGUGCAGCACACUCCAGACUUGCACAGAGAACUGAAAGGGAUGUCUGCACACGAUGCUUCUCUGCUGUUUAUUGACGAGGCCUAUAUCCUGAGCGAUGUGCCACUCACGUUCUACAGCAUGAGCAAGGGUAAAAAGGACAAAAAAAUGAGUUUGCUGAUAGGCCUGGCUUUGACAGGACUACACAUAUAUGACAAAAAGAGAGCCAGUGGAGAAUAUCAACUUUCACAUGAAUUUGCCUGGUCAAGCAUAGAGUGUCUUAAAUUUCAGGGUCGAAGGUUUGAGAUAAGGGCAGAUUCUCUGGCUGGAGAAGUUUUGGUGAUGUACACUCAGUCAGUGCUGCACUCCCGACAUCUGCUAAAACACAUGAGCAACACCCAUCAUGUGCACCUUAACACAAAACACUCAAUCAAACAGCUUCAGAGAGAAGAGAGAAGGCAGCAAAUGGAAAUGUAUAUCAAAGACAGUACUGAUCCAGAUUCAGAGGAAAGUGAGAAUGAGCUUCCAUCCAUAAAGUGUUAUCUGGACAAGACCAGGCAAAAUCAAGCAACUAUCACAAUCAGAGAUUUAACUAAUUUAGAUGAGAUUGAGCUCUGUGUUGAUGAGCCAGAAGAGAUGCUUGUUGAUGACCCCGAGGAGAUCAUACAUUUGAAGGAACUCCUUGAGGGUGUGUCAGUAGAUGGGCCUCCAUUAGUGACGCUGUCUCAGUGGACAGAUUUUACAAUUGAGAUGAAACAGGUCUUAAGGUGGAGAGCUUGCAAUCCUUCUUUAAACCAGUACGAGGAGAAUGUAAAUUUGAAUCUUUCAAACAAAUCUCCUGAAGAACAUGUCAGCACACAACUGACAGAUAAACAUGAACAAGAAGACUUUAUAUUUUAAUGAUCUAGCACUGUGAUUAAAUACUAAUGUACACUAAAAGUACUAAUGUACAUUAAUGUACACUAAUGUAUACACUAGAAUACACAAAGGCUUUAAUGUACACUAAUGUACACACUAACCUACACAAAGUACUAAUGUAUACUAAUAGGCAGUGUUGGGCAAUAACACGUUACUAGUAACAGUUAAUUUUGUUUUAUUAAAUGAAGUAACUCCUUUACCGUUACCGUAUGGUACCGUAAAGUUUCUCAAAGUGGAAAUAUGCUCAU